ACACCAAAACGGUUUCGAACAAAAAAAUGCACAUAAACCGUCUACCGUCUGUUCACGAAGAAAACUACCAAACGGUUAGUGGCCUGGACAGCUAAUCCCAGCUGUAAACACUGUCACCACUCAUCAUCGUCGACCGAUCAUCUCGCAUUUUACCCCGUUGAUAUGACGCCAUUUAGUCAUCAGUCGGACUCUAUGGUCUCUUAUCAGCGCUCAGACUCCAUCCAUCCGCUGCAAUCGGGCCAGGAGAAGAUGCGUAGCUUCAGUAUUUAACUUAGUCCGUUAUUUCGCGCAGACCAGGUCGUCCAGUAGUUAACCGUCGCUGACGGACACCAGUGUCAAGUGGCGUGAUGUAGCAGUUGUUGGAUCAGAUGAAGAAUCACUUGACAUUUUUAAUUGACCCUCUUCGUUCACCUUGUCCAUGGAAGCGUACGCACCGGCGCUCUAAGUUGGUCAUACAGUUUUGGGCGAAUUCGGAUAGAAAUUGCAAUAAUUGAUCAAGGACUGGGCGCUGGUCGGGUGUGUUACUGCUAGUGAUUUCCGGCAUUUGUGACUUCAGCGAUAAGGUUGCAAAAUUAUCAGUUCCGUUCCGUCCGAAGCAUUUUUUUCAUGCGGAACUGAGUGCCUUGAAAGUUGGUGCGAUUGGAACCUAUUAUUCUAGUGAUGUGCGGUGUGUUUAGUGCAGACGUGUAGCCCGCCCGUGCAAUGCCAUUCAGUGCCACCGGGCGUUCCGUGACCGGUGUGACAAGUGUGUGACGAAGUGAAUGUGCCUUACGACGGUACUGCUGUGUCUGGUGCAUCAGUGUUACAGCGGUUCUGGCCGGCAGCAGCGCAAUCCGGCGCAAGUGAUCGAGCUAGUAUUCCACCGGUUUCCACGUGUCCACGCACCGCAACGACGAUGGACAGCUCCACGAAGCCGGUGAAGAAAAAUCCACGCAAGGGAGCGUUCUGCCUGUCGCAGCUGUUCUUCGGAUGGUUGCUGCCACUGUUUUACCGUGGGUCGCGCCGCGGACUCGGCAAGGACGAUCUGACCAAGUGCCUGCGGGCGGACCGAUCCGAAGAUCUGGGCGAAGAGUUGGAAGAGCAAUGGGAGAAGGAAGUGUCCCAGGCACGUAUCGCAAGUCGCGAACCGAAGCUACGCAAUGCGCUGUUCCGCACGUUUUACAAGCAGAGUCUGUUUGAUGGAUUUCUAAUAUUUCUAUUCGUGUUGAUCAAGACCAUUCUCCCGGUGGUACUUGCCCAGCUGCUGAUACAGUUUCAAGAACCCACCAACUCUACGCACGUUGCGGUGACAAAUGUCGAGAAUGAUAUGCUCACCACCAUACCACCGAUGGCAAUGCCACUGAUGAUGCUGCCAGAAACUACCCAGUCGCAUCUGGAAAAUCUCGUGUUUGACGAGACGGCCAUGAUAAAUAAACGACGCCGGAAGCGAAGGAUUCGAAUCGAUGACGAUAAACCGGCACCGGGCAACAGUAUUGGAGCGAAUAAGCCAGCCGUUGGCCAGGAAGAUGAUACCUUGGUGACAACUUUGUUUCCGGACAUGAGCGAAGCGCUUGGGGAGGACGAUCCAGCAGCGGCAACCACCAACAGCACCCUUAUAGACGAUCUCGCGGACUUCCUGCAUCAUGCGUGGAACGAUGCAUUCUGGCUUUCGGGAUUGCUCGUUCUGCUGACACUGUUCGGCUGCUUUUGCUGCCACCAUUCCGAUCUGCGGGAGCGGCUGGUGGGCGCACGAAUGCGCAUUGCCUGCUGCUCGCUAAUCUAUCGCAAGACGCUUCGCAUGUCGCGGAAGGCUGCCGGUCAAACGCCGGCAGGCUAUAUGAUCAACCUGCUGUCGAACGAUGUGAGUCGGUUGGACUAUGGGUUCAUCUACGUGCACUACGUCUGGGUGCUGCCGUUCCAGGCAUGCUUCACCUGCUAUCUCAUCUGGCGUCGGGUACAGUGGGCUGCCGUCGUCGGCGUGGUUGGGCUGCUGCUGAAAACCAUUCCCGUACAAACCGGCCUAAGCCGGCUGAGCUCCAUCAUUCGGAUGCGUGUGGCCAAAAAGACGGAUCAACGGGUAGGGAUCAUGAACGAGCUGAUUCAGGGCAUCCAGGUGAUCAAGAUGUACGCGUGGGAGAAACCUUUCCACAAGGUCGUAUCGAUUGCACGCAAGAAGGAGGUGCGGCAGAUACGGUGGGCCUCGUACAUCCGUGGCAUCUAUCUGAGCACGAUGGUGUUUACCGAACGGUCGACACUGUUCCUGGCGAUCGCUUGCUGUGUGAUCGAGGGACGCUCCAUUACGGCCGACAUCGUCUUCCCGAUGGCACAGUUCUUUAACAUCCUGCAGCUAACGGCUGCCAUCUUCUAUCCGCUGGCUGUGUCGCUCGGUGCCGAGGCUCUCGUAUCGAUUGACCGCAUACAGGAAUUUCUGGCGCUGGAGGAACACGACUCAAACCCACCGUCACCGAACGGUGGACUGCAGCGUCAUCUAAACGAUCUGCAUCUCACCGAGGACAGCAGCAAACCAGCCCUCGAGCUACAGAACGUGACGGCCAGCUGGGAGGAGACGACCGAAAAAACGCUAAAGGACAUCACCGUGAAGAUCGAUGCUGGGAAGCUGCUGGCAGUGAUCGGCCCGGUCGGUGCAGGCAAAAGUUCGCUGCUGCAGAUGUUGCUCGGCGAGCUGCCGAUUCAAAACGGCACAGCAACGAUCAACGGGGACGUUUCGUACGGAUCGCAGGAACCUUGGCUUUUCACCGGUACGGUGCGGAAUAACAUUCUGUUCGGAUUGCCGUACGAUCGGCACCGCUAUCAGGCGGUAGUGCGACACUGUGCCCUUACGACCGACUUCCAGCAGCUACCGGACGGCGAUAAAACGGUGGUUGGCGAACGGGGUACUUCCCUGUCGGGAGGACAGCGUGCUCGGGUGAGUUUGGCGCGUGCCGUGUACAACAACGCUUCGAUCUACCUGCUCGAUGAUCCGCUGAGUGCGGUCGAUGCGCACGUGGGCAAGCAUCUGUUCGACGAAGUGAUCGGUCCUCGGGGCUAUCUGGCGCAGAAACAGCGAGCAACGCGCGUGCUGGUGACCCACCAGGUACAUUUCCUGAAGGAAGCCGAUUGGAUCAUCAUCAUCGAGGGUGGUAAAAUAGUGACGCAAGGCACGUACACGGAGCUGGCUAAUGGGAAGGUAGAUUUCGGCAAGCUGCUGAAAUCGCCCGGCUCGGAGAGGAACGCUUCGGAUGAGAACGUACUGUCGGCGGACAUUCCCGAGGAUGAGAUACCGUUCAUCGAUGGUGUUACGCUCGAUGGAUAUAAGUUGCUGAAGGGCAGUACCGUCUCGCUGCGCGGCGUUACACCGAGCUCCUGUGCGUCCAGCGUGGCCGACAAUCUUGGUCGGCAGGUAGCUGAGGAUCAGGCGGAGGGUAGCAUAUCGUGGCGCAUUUGGGCGACCUACUUCCUCUCGGGCGGCAACAUUCUGAUGCUGCUGUUCACCUUCUUCAUGCUGCUGUUCUCGCAAGCGAUCGUCAGCGGGUCGGACUAUUUCGUGACGUACUGGACGCGGCAGGAAGAGUUGCGGCUGGUGAACGAAUCGGCGGUCCACACAUCGACCGUCGACUUCCUUUACACGUACGGCGGAAUCAUUGUGUGUGUGGUCAUGUUCACCAUCUUCCGGGGCUAUCUGUUCUUCAACAUUUGCAUGAAAGCUUCCCGAAAUCUGCACGAUCGAAUGUUUGCGCGUAUCCUUACAGCUCCGAUGCGCUUUUUCGAUACGAACCCUUCGGGUCGAAUUCUUAACCGGUUUUCCAAGGAUAUGGGCGCGAUCGAUGAGCUGCUGCCGAAGGCGAUGAUUGAAGCCAUUCAGAUACUGCUCGUUAUGACCGGUAUUUUGACGAUGAUUACGAUCGUGAAUCCGCUGCUGCUGAUACCACUGUUGGGUGCGGUUGUACUGUACGCCCUAGCACUGAAGCUCUAUCUGCGACCGAUUCAAGAUUUGAAGCGCUUGGAAGGAAUCACCCGCAGCCCGGUGUUCUCUCAUAUUUCGGCCACACUGUCCGGUUUGUCAACCAUUCGCGCGAGCGGUGUGCAGGAGAAGAUCCGGGAAGAAUUCGACGAUCUGCAGAACGUACACUCGGCCGUAUGGCAGCUGACAAUGGCCAGCAAUGCUGCACUCGGACUGUGGCUCGAUUGUAUCAGUACGGCGUUCGUGGCUUGCGUCACGUUUAGCUUUAUUGUGCUGCAUCAGGAUACCUUCAGCGCUAACGUGGGUUUAGCCAUCUCGCAGGCACUCAUCCUUACCGGCAUGGUACAGUACGGCAUCCGCCAGACGACGGAAUCGAUUCAGCAAAUGACGGCCGUCGAACGUGUGGUACAGUACACCGAAAUCACCCCCGAAACGGACCCGCCAAAGGUGCCACCGGGUGACUGGCCCUGGAAAGGACAACUACAGUUCCACAACAUGUCUCUCCGCUACGAACGGGACGCAGCGCCAGUGUUGAAACAUCUGGAGCUUAUCAUCGAACCCACCUGGAAGGUGGGCAUCGUUGGCCGUACGGGUGCAGGAAAAUCUUCCCUUAUCGGGGCCCUGUUCCGAUUGGCCCGUAUCGAGGGACGCAUAAUGAUCGACGGUAUCGAUACGGGUGUAAUUGCGUUGGAAGCGUUACGUUCGAAGAUAUCGAUCAUCCCGCAGGAUCCGGUCCUGUUCAGUGCCACCAUACGCUACAAUCUGGAUCCGUUCAAUUUGUACGAUGAUGAUAUGCUGUGGCGUGCGAUCGGUGAGGUAGAGCUGCGGUCCGCAAUUAGCGGGCUGGACUUUAUGGUGACGGAGGGUGGCACGAACUUUAGCGUCGGUCAGCGGCAGCUGAUCUGUUUAGCGCGUGCGAUCCUACGGAACAACAAGAUAUUGGUGCUGGACGAAGCGACAGCCAAUGUUGAUCCACAGACGGACGCUUUGAUACAGAAAACUAUUCGGGAAAAGUUUAAGCACUGCACGGUGCUCACGGUUGCGCAUCGUCUGCACACGGUGAUGGAUUCCGACCGCAUACUCGUGAUGGAUGCUGGUGAAGCACGGGAAUUCGAUGCACCGCACGUUCUGCUGCAGCAGGAAGGCGGCAUACUGAAGGACAUGGUCGAAGCAACGGGACCAUCCGAGUCGGAAUCUCUGAAGCGCAUCGCAGCGGACACUUACGCACGCAUGGAUCCAAAUCGUCAUCUCAUGAACGGUAUGCCGAACCCGUGGCGCUUCGGUAAAGAAACGCCGCAAUGAACACACACACACACACAACAUCAUGUCCCAGUGAUGGGGCUAUUCAGGGUAGGAUUACGAUUCGCUUUAUUACGGGAAGAAGCGCAUGCUGCUGGUACUGCCUCUUAGCUUAGGUUAGCCUUAACGAACCGGAACCAUUGGCAGGGAAUGAAAAUCAGAAGAAAAAAACCUCACGACGGAAGUCAUUUAACGGUGCAAUGUUCGAGCUACUUAGAGGUUGUUCAAGAUUUUCAACGUUGCUUUUGCAGCGUAUGUAAGUGUUAAUGUUUUCACGGUGUAGCUGUUAGCGUUUACAUUACUACUUACCUGUGUAACGGUACUUUUUUGCGAUCGAACAACGAUAAGCUACAAACCUAAAUGUACUUUAAAUGCUAAGUAUCACGUCCCAGGAUUGUGGCGAAUGGCCAAAUGUUUACAAAUAAAAUGGAGGAAUUUUGAAUAUUUUAA